UUUGAAAAUCUCCUUUUUUUUUUUUCUUGUUUCUUUUUCUUUCAAUUUCAAACAUGUCAUCGAAACCAGCAUUAUAUCAAUUUCCAAAACUAUUUAAACGGCUAGCAAGUCAACAAAAUAAAUAUGUACAACAUUUUAUCAAACUUCGUGAAGGUAAACAAUAUCGCCUACAACAAAAUACGGUUUUGGUACAAGGAAUGAAAACUAUUCGUGAAUUACGAGACGAAGGACAACAGAUCAAAAGUCUAGUAGUGACAGCAGAACGAGAACCUUAUACUGAAUCAGCUAUUAAAUUCCCUGCUUUACAAGUGAUUCAGAAUCCUGAUGCUUUCCUUUCAGAAUAUUACUAUUUGGUGGAUGUUGAUUUGACUCGAAGAAUUCUUGGUACAGCUUCACGCCCUGGAAGACAUGAAGUGUUUGCAGAAAUCCCUAUACCUGAUCAUACGCUACCAUCCAAAGAUCAAGUAGAUCGGUUCUUAGUAUGUGAUCAUGUCAAUGAUCCUGGUAAUCUUGGCACUCUGAUACGUACUGGUAAGGCACUUGGUUGGGAUUCUGGAGUGUUGACUACAGGAACAUGCGACUUUUACAACGAUAAAACGAUACGUGCAUCAAGAGCGCUCAAUUUACGAUGGAAAUAUAACGUGUUACCGAUAUCACAACUUGUGGAAUUUUUAAAAUCAUACGAUAUGACGCCUUUGGUUGCGGAUAUGAUGCCACAAACAAUGAAUACAUCGGAUCUCUGGUCACCUCUUACUGGAUAUUAUGAUCAAGUAAAAAAUCAACCAACUAUUGGAACAGGUCCAUGGUUAUGGAAUUUUAAGGACAAGGAACCCAUGUUACCGAAACGACCAGCGCUGAUUCUUAGCUCUGAACAUAAAGGUGUACAAGGAUUGGACGAUGAAAUUAGAAUAUCCAUGCCUAUGGCAAACAAUGUAGAAUCUAUGAAUGUUGCUAGUGUUGGGGGUAUAUUGAUGAAUGAAUUGAAUCGUUUAAUAAAAUAAAAAUCAUAUUUUUUUUUUCACUUAUGAUGUCUUGUCAUGUCAUGUCUGAGUAUCAAUAAAGGAAAGGGGAGCUUGUCUAUUUUUAGAUUUUUUUCGGUGCAUUGGUUUUUUUUUUCUUUUU